AUGUCAGACGAAGAGAUCAAGACUCGCAACAUAAGACUGAAACAGCGUGCUACAGCUAAGCGAGACCUUGCUGCAAGUCAUAUUCGUCGCCUACAUGCCUCAACAACAGCAGCAGGAAAUGAUCCAACAGCAAGGAGUCUAGUUAUGACAGCAGUUCAGGACCUGAAUAAUUGGUGGUCACAAUACUCAGUAGAAAGUGAUGCGUUAUUGAACGUUAUGGUUGAGUUGGACGAAAUAGAUCAAUUUUCUCCAGAUGCUGAUGCUGCUGUCUACGCCUUAGUGGUAGAAAUCAAAUCAACUGCCAAUAGUUAUGAGCAGGAAGCCUCAAAGUCAUCUAAAGACUCUCAACCAGUUACACAGAUCAGUGAUACGGCAUUAAUAGCAAAUCCAGCUGAAGAUCAUCAGUCGGUUACACAAACUAGUAACGCAGCCAUACUUCCAAAGACAGUCUCCGUCAUGGAAACACAGUCGUCAUCUCGUGUGAGUGGUCCUCCGUCUUCAGAUGCCUCCUUCCGUCCUCAAAUAUCAAUGCGCCUUCCGGAAAUCCCUCUGCCAAAAUUUGACGGUGAUCUCCGUUCGUGGCCAGACUUCCGGGACCGCUUUGUAGAUCUUGUAAUCCGCAACACGGACAUUGAUUCAGACAGCACCAGAUUUUACUAUUUACUUGGGUGCCUUCAAGCUGAUGCGGGUGAAGUACUAAAAGGGAUUCCGGUGACCAAAGACACCUUCCAGUUGGCUUGGAACACGUUAGUAAAGUCAUACGAUAAACCAAGAAAACUGGCCUCGUCAAUCAUUGAGGGUUUUUUGGUUGCUCCCGUAUCCACUUCAGAAUCGCUGGUGGAUCUCAAACGUUUCUUGAGUGUAUUUGAUGAAGGACUAGCAAUAUUGGAAUCGUUGCACUUGCCAGACCUGUGUUCGUUCCUGCUGUUUACCAUUGCUUCAAAAUCCCUUCCAACUCAUACGCGUCGCUUGUUUGAAUCAGAUAAUUCUUCGGAGUACCCAUCAGUGGACAGUGUACUGGAAUUUGUAAAGAAUAGGGUGAGAGUGCUAGAAAAUGCUGGUGGUACUUCAGGGCCAGGGAAGUCGUUUGGUGGUAGCAACAAGAAACCUAAUCCAGGUCCAAUGAAGCAUUACAAUCGCCCAUCGACCAGCCAGACAGCAUUGGUUUCAUCUGUAAAGACCCAGAAACCUAAAGCUACUGAAUCCGACAGGUGUCGGUGCUGUGGGGGAGCUCAUGCAUUGAAAGACUGUGCAAAAUUUUUGGGAUUAUCGGUAGAUGAUCGAUACCAAAUUGUGUGCUCUCACAGACUAUGCUUGGUAUGCUUUGAAAGUGGUCAUAUGUCAUAUAAAUGCAAGUCAUCCUGUAGUGUGUGCAAACGUCGUCAUCAUGGGCUAUUGCAUAAGGACUCUUCUACUUCUGAUCCGUCGUCCAAGGUCCCUAAAGUGGCUAUGUUUGUCAGCCAUCAAAAUCAACUGCCAUCUGUAGUACUAGCAACUGCACUACUUCAUGUCCAAGAUGUGGCUGGAAGUCCACAGACGGUUCGGGCCUUGAUUGAUGGCGGCUCUCAGAUCAGUGCCAUAUCUGCAAAUUGUUGUCAACGACUAGGUCUACGAGCUGCAAAAUGGACGUUACCAGUCACUGGCAAUGAACCGCGGUUGCUAUCAGGUCUCCCGCUGGAAGACUUAGCAGGUGAUCCCCUCACAUUUGACCGUGGUGACGGCAUUCCUGUGCUAGGUAUGCAAUGGCGUCCAACAGCUGAUCAUUUCGCAUACGAUAUUACCGCAAUCAAAUCUGGGAUUUCCAAGGGGGAGUAUGUUCGAGCACCAUCGACAUUUGAAAUUGUACGUUACUACGCGCCACUUUGGCCCGUGAAGUUGCCAGCACUGCUUACAGCUGACGAGACUAGUCGGUUGCCCGUUAGGCCGUUGAUGUUCGGCCGGCGAGACUCCGUCGCCAUCACUUCUUCUGUUUUUCGUUCCGAAUUGAUUACUUAUUUUACUAAAGAAUAUCCUUGGAUUUAUUUUAAAAAUAAACAUAUUGGAUGUAAGAUCUGUAGAGAUGUAAAUCAAAAUUUAUUAAAUCAAAAAGGAUCACAUGUGGCAUCUGAAUGGUCUAAUGGAGAAGUUUAUUCAUCAGGUUCUACAUUAGAAAAGAAAAAAACUAAUUUAAGAAAAAAAAUUUCUAAACACAAGAAUUCUGCUGCUCAUUUAAAUGCACAAAAAGUUAUAUUUUUGUCUGAAAAAAAAGUUAUUGAUGAACAUAUUUCAAUGUUGAUGGUGACUGAUCAAGAAAAUACUGCAAGAAUAUUUCGCACAGCUUAUUUAAUAGCUAAAAAUCAACGCCCUUAUACAGAUAUGCCAAAACUUACAGAUCUCCAAGAAUUAAAUGGACUUGAUAUGGGAAGAAUACUUCAGACUAACGUAUCAUGUUCUAAUAUUAUUGAUCACUUGGCCUUAGAAAUGAGAAGGAAGAUUGCUAUGGACAUUGUGAAAAAUAAUAGAAAAAUUUGUAUUUUAGUUGAUGAAUCCACAACAUUAAGUAAAAAAUCUAUGUUAGUUAUAUGUUUACGUUGUGCAGUUGGUGAACUUAAUGAAGUAUACACAUUUUUGUUUGAUAUUGUUGAAGUAUCAAAUACUUCAGCUAAAACUAUAAAAGAUUCUAUAUUACAAGUAUUGGAAAAAUAUGGUAUGGACACUCAUUUUUUGAAAAAAAAUUUAAUUUCUUUUGUAAGCGAUGGAGCUUCAAACAUGUUAGGCCGUAAAGCAGGAGUUGGUGUAUUAUUACAGAAAAGUUUUCCUCAUAUUAUACUUUGGCAUUGUUGUAAUCACCGUCUAGAACUUGCUGUUGCGGAUUGUUUAAAAGAAGUAAGUGGAAUUAAUCAUUUCCAAUCAUUUAUUGAAAAACUAUACUCACUGUAUCACAUGUCACCAAAAAAUAUGAAUGAGUUGAAAGAAUGUGCUAAUUCCAUUGAUCAACAGUUAUUAAAAAUAGGUAAAAUAUUUACAAUUAGAUGGGUAGCUUCAAGUCUUCGGACAAUAAAAGCUGUUUGGAAUAACUUUGAAUCUCUUUUUCAACAUUUUUCUAAUGCAAUAAUGGAUGAUCAAAGGAGCUCUAAAGAAAAAGCAAAGUAUGUUGGUUUGAAAAAUACUUUAAAAUCAAUAGAAUUUGUUCACAACCUUGGCAUACUGUUUGAUGCUCUGACAGAAUUAUCAGAUUUGUCCAUUCAGCUCCAAAAAAGAGAUCUAUCUCUUAUGGCUGCUCAUAAAUUAAUUGAACGGACCAUUAGCGUUUUGGAAUCUAUGGCUAAUAAAAAUGGUGAAAAAACCAAAGAAGUAAAUUCUGCUUGUGAACAAAAAGAAUUUAAAGGCAUUAUAUUAGAACAUAAAUAUUCUGUGGUAAAAAUUGAAAUCGGCCAAUUUUUUAGAAGUUUGUCUGACAAUCUAAAACAAAGACUUUUUACUACACAAUCGUCUCAUGUAUCAAUUUUAGAUAAAGCUGAUCCUUAUAAAGAUUUAUUUAAUAAUUUAUUGAUUGAUUUAACCAUGCUUUCUCCAGAUAAUUGGCCUGAUAACUGUGAUGUACAGUUUGGUGAUAUAAAUGUAAGCCGUUUGUCUAAAAUAUUUCAAAUUGAUCAAAGAGCCAGUGUACGAGGAUUUCGUGAAUACAAAGUGUCUUAUCCUUCAGUAAAUACAGACAUUGAACCAUUAAUGACCGCUGUAAAGACUUUGGCUAUUUCUUCUGCUGAAUGUGAACGGUCCUUUAGUUCAAUGAACGAAAUUGUUUCUUCAAAAAGAAGUGUGUUGACUAGUGAUCAUAUUUCAUCGUUAGCUUUCAUUAAUUGUACUGGACCACCAAUUAAUAAAUUCAAUCCCAACAUCUAUAUUAAAACUUGGAUAUUAUCAGGGAAAAGAACUGCAGAUGAACAAUGUUGUCCAAAAAGAAAAAAGAAAGAUGAAGAAGAAUCUUAUACAUCUUUAUGGUUAUGUUUAGAUAAAUAG